AUGUCGAUCUCAGGCCUUUCGACUGAAAUCGACGAGAUGAUCAUCCAAUACCUCCCGCAUCACGCCCUUCACAACCUGACGCUUACGAACAAGUACUAUCGCAAGAUAGCGGAGCCAUAUCUUUACAGGCACGUCCAAGUAUGCAGUCCAAACAUCCUCUCCGUACCACGUCUGCUAUUAACUCUAAUCAGCCGUAGGGAGCUCUCGAAGCACAUCCGGAGCUUCGCCUUCGACAUUGCUAACGAGCAAUGGGAAGCAGACCUUCACUAUCUGAGCUAUUACGAUCCGAACAACACAAUCGAGAAGGUCAGCAAAGAUCUCUCCAAAAGGUCAUCGGAGGUACAGAAGGCUCUCAAGGAACUCGCGUACCCAUUGAAAGAGCCUCUGUUUGACGUGACGUGGUACUACAAUGUGUCCAGGGAGAUCUGGACUAUAGAUGCGUCGCUUGCCCUCAUACUCUGUCUCGCAACCAACCUCGAACACCUUCGGCUGAUGAACACGAGUUCUGCUAUCAUCGAAGCCGUCUGCCCCUCACGCUGGCAAAGGCUCACCAAAAGCCCGUCCUUGGGAGUCUGGCCCUUGAAAAAGUUGAAGAGCCUAGAUGUAGCCCUUGGAAAGGAAGCGUCUAUCCCAAUAUUGGCACCUGUCGAGACCCUGAAGGUCAACGGCAUCUGUGAAUACUACAAAAACGGCGGCAACCAUAACUUCCAAUGCCGGAUCAGCUUCAUCGCAUGUUAG